ACAGUCAUGGAGUGCCCCGAAAAAGACACGCUUAAACCCAAGAAAGAUUUAUCACUCAGCUCCCUUAUAUUGUGGAAUAUAAAAAAAGUUAUGGAAAUGAAUGCUUCUGUUAACCUUAAGGAUGCGAUGGAAUCAGCGUACCAGCAUUUGGAAGAGGCGUCUUAUGAUGUGAAUACCUUAAUGGCACAAGGACCGGAAGAGCAGCAUCUGGCUUGCGCAAUACUUGCUUGGCAGCGUCUUGGACAUGGCGGAGUUGACAGUUUAAUCAACUUUAUACAGCAAGAGAAGCGAUCCAGGGAUAUGAAAAAAGCAAGUACAAAGGUGUCUUUCAAGUCUAAGGAUUCACAAGAAGGAGAAUGUAGCAAGAAUAUUACGGGAUCAGCUGUUAUUGGGCCUGUGGUAAGGCUACCUGUGGAGACAAAAAUCGUGAUGCAUAUGGAAAAUCCCUGUGCGCGUCACCAACCGAAGAAGAAGCCACAAAAAGAUAUUAUAAGUAAAAUCGAGCCAUGUUGCAUGGACUCAGCAUGUAUAAAAAGAUUAACAGAUUUGGAUGCAGCAACUGCAGAGUUAAGGAAACGAGCUGCAAGACUCGCGAAAAGGGAAGCGGAGAGAGUGGAGCUAUUGGAGAGGGCCGAGGCGGCAUGGAGAGAUCUAGAAGUUGGAUACCAAAGAAGACUGACACUAGCAGAAGAGAAGGAAGGAGACUUGACUAAGGAGAUAAAGAAAUUGAUAGAAGAUCGUAAUAAUUAUAAGAGCGCGACGAAUGCACUGAUAAAACAGUUGAAGGAGCGUUCGAUGGUGGUUGAGAAGGAGAGAAAGCAGUUGACGGAAAUUGAGAAGGAGGUGUGCAAUAGAGCCUGCGAGAGGUUAAGGCUUAGUGAACAGGCUUCGCAAGGUGAUGCGGCGAUGGCUGAACUCCACUGUCGGUCAACGCAGCUGGAUCGAGAACUACUGUAUAAAGAAGAGCAAGCAAGACGCAAAGUCAUAGCACUGGAGAAUGAAAUAGAUUCUAUCCGGGGUCUCACUCUAGAGGCAGAGAGAGCGAUGCGUUCAGAGUUGUCAGCUCUGAAGGAGCAGAUGAUGGAUGUCUCUAAACAACUGUUGGUCGAGGAGGCGAAGAACAAUAAAGUCAAGGCUGAACUAGAAGAAAUGCGCCAAGAGAAAAUGAAUAUAAUAGAAGAUCUGGAGGGCUGUAAGGAUAUGUGCGACGGAAGAAUACAGAAGAGAGUCGAUGUGUUGAAGAAGAGAAGGGAAGAGUUAAACGAGCUAAAGAAUAGAGUGAUUGCGUGUGAAUGCAAGUUGCCCCAAGAUGCCGCUGUUGAAGUUAAAAGAACACCAUCGUUGGCUGCUCUGUGUUAUUGUCAACCCGAAGACAGGGCAUUGGAUGCAUGCUCUUGCAUGUCGCUGAGAAGCCAACUGCUGUCGAACCUUCUGUCCGACCUGUUCAGUGGUCUCCAAUCGGAGUUGGGCGGCACGAAGUCUCAGAUGCCGUGCCAGCUGCUUAAAUGCUUAGAGGACAGACACAAUUGGGAUCGUGGGAGUUUAGUUAAAACUAACCUGAGAAAUUUCUUCGCGCAAUUGCUCAUUGGUGAACUUGAUAUUGCAAUUGCUACUUCCAUUGAGAAGUAUCAUGCUAAGUGGGUUGGCGCCCGCUGUACCGACCAUUUAAGAGUGGUCUCCGGCCAUGAUGAGGAUGAGGGCUGGCAAGACAGGGCCAUAGAACGGAGAGCACAGAAAUUGGCAACAAAGUUGGCCGAGCAACUAUUCAAAGAGAGGGCGGAUCUGAUGGCGCAGAAAGCGAAGGAUAUCAUGAACGCUGGACCACCUCCUUGUGAAUGCAAACCGAACCAAAAUGCAGCGGUGUACCCAUGCUUGGUGAAGACUCAAAAUCCAAAUGGACGAAAGGUUGACUCCUCAUAUUUGAAGAAGACUAUACAGGAUGUGACGAACAUAAAAUCACAAAUUGAAAAUCUUAAGAAGGAAUCGAUUAAGAAAGAGGACUUGCGGCAAAUGGAAGACAAAUUGGCCAGAAUAAUCCAACGUGUCUCGAAACAAGAUAAUAAAAAGGGAACCCUUAGCAGUAAUAAAAUUGACAAAAAGAUAAGCAUUGAUGAAACUACUAAUAAAGUAAAUAUUUUGAAAUCAACGCAUGUAGAACCAAUACAAAGUAGAAAAAGCAAUAGAUAUAGAUAUAGAUUUCAAAGCAAUAUAAGUGGACGCGUUGAGAAAUAUUCCAAUAAAAUGAAUCUUAAGAAAAAGGAUCCUUCUGUGGCUGUAAACUUGUGUUUAUGCGAACCAAAUAAAACUAAAGAAAUGAAUGCCCCAAAUAAUUCGAAAUCAUCAUGGAAUCCAAGUUUUUUUACUGAAUUGACUUCUCAAAUUUCUACUAUAAAGUUGUCAAAACCAAUUGUAACACUACCGAAAUCUUCCAAAGCACACAGUGAAAAGAAAUUUCGAAAAAAAGCAUGUCCAACCAAGUGUGUGUGCUUACAUAAAAUACCAUCGAAUAAGUCCAUAGAUAAAUUAUUAAAUGCUUUAAAAAACUGGAAGUUUAAGCUAGACGAUUCUACUUUUGCAAAAGCAAUGGAAACUGAUGGAAUAAAACGGUCACCUUUCGACAUUUCUAAUGGAAAUCGUCAAACUAAAGAUUCAAAUAAUGUAAAUUAUAAUCCUAUAGAAGACAAUAAUAAUAAACAGAAAAUAGAUUAUCUACCAUUAUCUACUCUAUCAGAAUAUAUGGGAGCAGUAAAUUUAGAUAAAAGCUAUGAAAAUGUUUGUAAAUGCGUUCCAGAUGUAACAAGUUCAAGUGACAAAAACCCUUUACGUAAUUUUAAAUGUAUUAGUGCAAACUUAUGUGCGUGUAAAGAGGUCAAUAAAGAAAAACCUCACGAGAAAAAAUCUCAAAUAUACACAGUUAACGUUACUGAUCCAAUCGAGUCACGUUUUGAGUCGUCAAUUAAAGAAGCUGGUAUUCAAAAGGAUUCAUUUAUAGAUAAAAUUGUCAAAGAUUCAGAAUUGUUUUCAUAUGAUUGUGAAUAUGAUAUAAAAUUUUUGGGCGCCAUAUUAACAGAUUACAAUAGUACUAACCCUGACAUGCAGUCAAGGAAUGAACUGGUCCCAGACAAUAUACAUUUGCAUAGAACUUCAAAUAAGGACAAACUUAGUCGCUCUGAUACAUAUGAUAAUUUGCGACGACUAUUUGAUAAUGACAUAAUAAAAUGUGAUAAUGUAGAGAAAGUGAGUAACAUAUCGAAACCAACAAAAGAAUCUUGUAUAUGUUGCAAUGACACUGAACAGCAAAACGAUUUGGAAUGCAAUACUUUUAAUUUACUCGAAGAUUACUUGAGAGAUAGAUUAAAUCAAUUUAAAACAUCGUGUAAAUCAUCCUGCAUACAACCAAAAGACGAAGAGAAAUUAUACACUACUGUUUUAAAUAAAGUUAAAGAUUUCAUAAGCAUGAACACUGACAAGGUUUCUUGUAAAUGCUUAAAACCCUGCGAAGGUGAUGACCGGUGGACGCGAGUCUAUGGUUUAUUACAAGAAUAUUUAAAUAUGAAAAUUCAGCGUGUUCAGUGUACUUGUCUGAAACGUGACGAACCAAGCGCAUUGCCAAAUGUGUUGGAUGAAGUGACAAAUUUAAUUAAUAACGAUUUUAAAAAACUCAAAGAUUUAUGUGUGUGUGAAAGCAAGCCUCCGAACGACGAACCCGUAACUAAAGUGAGCGUUCGUUUUUCUGAGAAAGAAACUGUUCAGACGCCAGUUAAAAAGGAAAUGUCGUCUUUUACUACAGAUGUUUGUGUACUAAAUACAUCGUGUAGCCCCAUUACAUCUAUAGAUAGUCGAGUUAAUGUGGAAAUGGUAGAAAAAGUAACAUCAUGCAAACUAAAUGAUUUGUACGUAACUGAUUGUAAAUGUCGCAAUGCAUUCACCGAACCAUGUUUUUUAGGAGUUGCUGUGAAUGAGGAAACAGAGAUACCUAGUUUAUCAAACGUUGAUAUAAAGUCAUCAACAACAUCGAAAGGAGUCUAUAGCAAUAUCGAAUUAAAACAACCCUACAUUGGCUAUACAUUGAACUGUUCCUGUGAUAACUACUUGGGUUGUGUCUGCACUAAGUCAUUGGUACAAACAAACGACGAUAAAAUUAAUUUAAUUUGGAACUCUUUUAGCAAAGUUUAUCCAGAAAAACUGUCAUAUAUAAUGCGAGCCGUCCCACUUAUUAAAUCGGAACAUAAUAGUUUUGCCAAAGAUUUUUUAAGUUAUACAACGGAAGAUCUGAAAGACGAUGAAUAUUUUGAUGUCAAAGAAUCAGAAUGUCAAACACAAACAAGUAUUGAAGGUGAUAUAUCUUUAAAGAAAUCAGCUGAUGUGAUUAAUAAAUCUAACAAUGAUACAAAUACCGAAGUUAAAGGAAAAGAAAGCUCUUCAAGCCAUCAAAGUUUUGUAACAGUUCCUAACGAUGAAGAUGUAUUGACGAAUAAGAAUACAUUAUACAAUUCGUUAUUUCUACCGGUCGAUAAUCUUGGUUCCAUUAAAAGUGAUAGCAGCUCUAAAUCAGACGACUGUGAAUGCAAUAUGGUCCCAAUAUGUCAUGUCAAACUGCUUGUCGAAAAUAUUGAAUACAAUUUGAAAAACUCAAAUUGUAUUUGUGAUGCAAUGAGUUCACAAGUUUGUCCCAUUCAUAAGAGUGUUAAGGGUGUUAUUUUCGCCUUUUUCAAAAUAACUUUUUUGCUUGUUUUAUUAAAACUAAUUGAUUUCAUCACUGUGUUAUCUUGCGCUAAAUUGAUUACAGUCAUUAUCACGUAUUACAAUUGUGUAGUUACAAUUUGUACGUUAAUAAAUUCGGUUGUGUAUGUGAAAAUGGAUAAACGUAGGAGUGAGCCUAAUCCGUUAUCCAGGCUUUUUAUAUGCUGGGUGUGUCCCAUAUUUGUGAAAGGGAAUAAAAGAGAUAUAGAAGAAGACGAUCUUAUUGUUCCAAAUAAAUAUUAUGACUCCGAUAGGCUUGGAAGUCAUUUAGAAAGGAGCUGGUUGAAUGAAUUCCAAAAAGCGCAAAUGGAUGGGCGAGAUCCGUCCCUUUGGCGAGUUUUAUUGCGAACGUAUUGGCUCGCCUAUUCACCUGGAGGACUCUUGCUUCUAAUAAACACUAUAGCGAGAACAAUUACACCUAUAUUAUUUACGCAAUUGUUAUCAUAUUGGUCGGUAAAUGCCGCACUGACUCAAGCGGAAGCUGGCUAUUACGCACUGGGAAUGUUGGGUUGCAACUUCAUUGCAUUGAUGGCGCAGCAUCAUAACACUUUGUUCGUGAAUCGGUUCAGUUUGAAGUUGAAAGUUGCGUUUUCAGCUGUCAUAUAUAGAAAGCUUCUACGAAUGAGUCAACUUUCCCUAAACGAAGUGGCUGCCGGGAAAUUGGUAAAUCUCUUAUCGAACGAUAUUGCAAGAUUCGAUCAAGCACUAAUGUUUCUCCAUUAUUUGUGGCUGGUGCCAAUCCAAGUCGCGAUUGUUCUGUACUUUUUAUACAAUAUUGGUGGAUAUGCGCCAAUUGUCGGUCUCUUUGUAGUGAUAAUAUUAAUAUUGCCAGUACAAGCUACUCUCACGAAAUAUACGGCGACAAUCCGUCGUACAGUCGCACAGAGGACGGAUAAAAGAAUAAAACUAAUGAGUGAGAUUAUAAGUGGAAUUCAAGUGAUCAAAAUGUAUGCGUGGGAGAAAUCGUUCUUAAAAAUUGUAACAUUGGCAAGGGAAUACGAAGUAUGGGCACUGCGGAGGUCUCUCUUCGUCCGGAGUGUGUUCAUUGGAUUCAUGAUGUUUUCCGAAAGAACUACUCUUUUUAUCACAUCCCUCACAAUUGUGCUAAAUGGCAAUCUGCUGACAGCUACUGUGAUCUACCCAAUUAAACUGUUCUUGAGUUUAGUUCAAAUGAAUUUGACGUUUAUCUUACCGCUAGCGAUAGCUAGUUUAUCGGAACUGGGCGUGACUCUUGAGCGAAUCAAAAAUGUUCUUGUUAUGGAUGAGAGAGAAGAUUUAUCACUCCUAUCCAAAGCGCCAGUUGAACUUAAUGGGAAAACAAUUGAAAAUUCUGUGGUAGUGAAAAAAAUAUCUGUUAGUAACGAAGCAAGAAGUUCUGUUGUAUCCUUACACUCGCAGUCCGAAGGUUUUAUUGUUGAGUUGGACAACGUGACAGCUUCAUGGAAGAAGCCAGAAGAGACGUAUACGUUGAAAAAUAUAAGUUUACGUUUGCGCAAGAAUAAACUAUGCACGAUUAUCGGACCAGUUGGUUCAGGAAAGUCUUCUCUCCUCCAAGUUCUUCUUAACGAGUUACCCGUUCGUAAUGGUAAUUUCACCAUGAGAGGAACCGUGUCAUAUGCCUCUCAGGAAGCGUGGCUAUUUCCUGCGAGCGUCCGAGAGAAUAUCCUAUUUGGGUUGACAUACGAUAAAAAUAAAUAUAAUGAGGUUUGCAGAGUAUGCUGUUUACUUCCGGACUUUAAGCAAUUUCCAUACGCGGAUUUAACUUUGGUUGGAGAGCGCGGUGUUCAAUUAUCCGGGGGGCAGAGAGCCAGAAUCAAUUUGGCAAGGGCUGUAUACAGAGAGGCAGAUAUAUAUUUAUUGGACGAUCCAUUAUCGGCCGUCGACGCAAACGUUGGACGACAACUCUUCGAGGAAUGCAUAAAAGGCUAUCUGCACGCGAAGACCUGCAUUCUGGUCACGCAUCAAAUACAUUUCAUCAAAUCCGCGGAUGUCAUUGUUGUGUUAAAUAAUGGCGCAGUCGAAAACAUAGGAACACUUGAUGAUUUAUUGAAAUCCGGAAAGGAAUUCUCUACGCUUCUAUCAACGUUGGAAGAUAAACACGACGAAGAGAUUGAAGAUGAAGCACCCCAAUUCGUGAGAGGUGUAUCACGAACAUCAGUUAGAAGCGAGGAGGCAUCAAAAAUUGAAAAGGAACAGAUAUUAGAAGCGGAAGAAAGAGCGAAAGGGAACUUAAAGUGGAGUGUCAUAUCGAAGUACUUGAAAAGCGUGAACUCAUGGCCCUGGGUUGGUCUGACCCUGCUAUCAUUAUUGCUGACGCAGGCUGGAGUCUCGUUCAGCGAUUAUUGGAUCAGCUACUGGACAAAUGAGGUCGAUAAUUACGAGCAGAAUUUGCCGCCGGGGGAGAAUUCAGAUCCCGGUAUUAAUGUAAUCAUGGGUCCUCUAACAACAGGACAGUAUCUAUUAAUAAGUGGUUGUGCAAUCAUUUAUAUUCUCAUCAUGACACAUGCGCGGAUCCUUACAUUUGUUGUCAGCACUAUGCGUGCAUCAAUUAAUCUUCACAAUAAUAUGUUCAAUAAUUUAAUCAGAGCUUUGAUGAAGUUCUUCGAUACAAAUCCAUCAGGUCGUGUCUUAAAUAGAUUCUCAAAAGAUAUCGGAGCCAUGGACGAGACGUUACCCAGAAGUUUCUUGGAGACAAUACAAAUGUAUAUGUUCGCGCUUAGUGUACUGACAUUGAAUGCGAUAGCUUUGCCCUGGACUUUAAUACCAACUUUCGUCUUGCUUUUUAUAUUUUUCUUCCUCUUCCGUUGGUAUUUGAGAGCUGCUCAGGCUGUUAAGAGGCUGGAGAGUACAACAAAAAGUCCCGUAUUCAGUAUGAUAAGUUCAACAAUCGCUGGUCUGGGAACGAUUCGUAGCUCAAAUUCACAUCCCCGAUUACUCAAGAUGUUUGAUGAUGCACAGGAUACCAACACGAGUGCAUUCUUUUCGUUUCUCGGUGGAGCAUCAGCGUUUGGAUUGUAUUUGGAUACAAUUGGUCUUGUCUAUCUCGCAACUAUCAUAGCUAUCUUUCUCUUUCUCGAUUUUGGUGAUGUGAUAGCGGUCGGCAGUGUCGGUCUUGCCGUGAGCCAAUCGAUGUCUAUGACAAUGAUACUCCAAAUGGCUGCCAGGAUCACCGCGGACCUCUUAGCCCAGAUGACCUCCGUUGAACGAGUGCUGGAGUACACCAACCUACCCUGCGAGGAGAAUAUGGAAGAUGGGCCUACUGAACCACCAAAAGAGUGGCCUACGGAUGGAAAAGUAAAAUUUGAAAAUGUCUACUUAAAAUAUGGCGUUGAAGACCCGCCAGUGUUGAAAGACCUCAAUUUUGAAGUUGAAGGUGGUUGGAAGGUUGGUGUAGUUGGUAGAACUGGCGCUGGGAAGUCAUCACUCAUCGCUGCUUUAUUCCGACUAACCAACGUUGAAGGGAAGGUCCAAAUAGACGGUUUCGAUACAAACGGAAUAGCGAAAAGUCUUUUACGUUCAAGAAUAUCUAUAAUUCCACAAGAACCCGUCUUGUUCUCGGCUUCGUUGAGAUACAAUUUGGAUCCAUUCGACAGUUAUAGCGAUGAAGAUAUUUGGAGAGCUUUGGAACAGGUGGAACUAAGAGAUGCUGUACCAGCAUUGGACUUCAAAGUGUCUGAAGGCGGAGCCAAUUUCUCAGUCGGUCAAAGACAGUUGGUGUGUUUGGCGCGAGCUGUUUUGCGUUCCAAUAAAAUUCUUAUAAUGGAUGAAGCUACCGCCAAUGUUGAUCCUCAAACUGACGAGCUCAUCCAAAAAACUAUAAGAAAAACCUUCGCGUCUUGCACUGUAUUGACGAUUGCCCACCGGUUAAACACAAUUAUGGAUUCUGACCGCGUUCUAGUCAUGGACAAAGGAAAAGUUGUGGAGUUUGACCAUCCGUAUAUACUCUUAAAUAACCCAAAUAGUUUAUUUAAAUUUAUGGUAAAUGAAACUGGGGAUAGCAUGAGCAAAGCUCUCUUCGAAGUAGCUAAGAAGAAAUACGAAGAGAAUACUCGAAAUACUAGUUAAGGACGAAUUUAUUUGUAUAGAUAACAAAUUUGCGGGAAUCCUACUUAGCAAACAAAAAUAUUCAUUAUUUUUUUUAAAUCCAGUUGAUGCAAGCUUUAUCUUCAUCUGUUGUGUUUGUGUAAUAGUUUGACGCGUCAACGUCUAAUAAAUCGAUGGACGCUGGCUUCACCCACGAAAAAGCAUGACUCAUUGUCACGUUACGCUCAUUGUCCAGUUACGCUUAAUGUACGCUUGCGCCGCAUCUACGUCUCUGCCACUCGAUUGACCUAUGCGUACGAGGAUUCACUCAUAAUCUAUAAUAAUCUAUGAUAAUUUAAUAUAAAUGAUGUAUUGUUGGAAAGUCUAUCCAGCAUUGUAUAAGUAUAAAUUAGAAAGAGACAGAUACUGUUUUGUGGGGUUUCUCUCAUUUUGUAUGAAAGUUACGCUUAUUUUGUCGCUUGUGUGCUAAUUUUAAUUAUAACUAUUAAAAUAAAAUGUAUAUUCUGUAAUAAAAGACAAGUUAAUGAA